AUGGACAACAUCUGGGCGGUCCCGCUUCAACUUUCCAACUUCAACAUCGUCGUCACGGUGCUAGGUGGCUUUAUAUCCGUCUUUGGACUUGUGUCAUUCCUCUUAAAGGAGAAGUUCUAUCUCUCUGAAGCUCUCAUUUCGUUCUUGGUGGGCGUCGCUUUUGGACCCCAUGGCGCCAACUUCAUCCGACCUAGAGACUAUGCCGAGUGCGACCAGAAUGGGGUGACGGACAUUGAGUGCAGGGACAACCUCAAUGCCAUCACACUAAACUUCUCCCGGCUUGUCCUGGGCGUCCAGCUGGUCCUUGCCGGUGUCCAGCUACCCAGCAAGUACCUCAAGAAUGAAUGGAAAUCGAUCUUGCUUCUCGUGGGGCCCGGCAUGGCCGCCAUGUGGAUUGCCACGAGCCUGCUCGUCUGGGGUUUUGCCCGGACGCCCAGCUUUCUGCAUGCCCUCGCCGUCGGAGCUUGCGUGACACCCACAGACCCCGUGCUUUCCGCCGUCAUCGUCAAAGGCAAGUUUGCGGACCACAAUAUCCCCAAGGAUCUCCAGAACGUCAUCAUUGCUGAGUCAGGCGCCAACGAUGGGCUCGGCUACCCCUUCCUGUUCUUCGCUCUCUACCUCAUCAAGUAUGUGGGCUCCGGCGCCACGUCAGGCGGCGCCGGCGAUGCUAUAGGGCUCUGGUUCGCGUACACAUGGGGGUAUACGAUCAUCCUCAGCAUCAUGUAUGGUGCCGUUGAGCGCAACUACGUCGACCGCGAGAGUUUUCUCGUUUUCGCCAUUGCUCUCGCCCUCUUUGUCCUUGGCACAUGCGGUCUGAUCGGCACCGAUGACGUUCUCGCCUGCUUUAUCGCAGGCAACACGUUUACGUGGGAUGACUGGUUCCGGCUCGAGACCAAGGACGACUCCCUACAGCCGACAGUCGACAUGCUUCUCAACGUUACCAUUUUCCUGUGGUACGGCGCGUACCUUCCCUGGGACCAAUUUGGCGGCAACGCCGUAAUCUCGACCUGGCGACUCGUCAUCAUUGGUGCUCUGGUGCUCAUCCUGCGUCGUCUGCCUUGGAUAUUUGGCAUGCACAAAUGGAUUAACCAGAUUGAAGAAGUCAGACAGGCCAUUUUCGUGGGUUUUUUUGGUCCGAUUGGCGUCUCCGCUGUCUUCUACCUGUUUGUGAGUCUGGAAUUUAUUGAGGAACACUUAAGUGACACGAAAGGUGUUCCUCGGAGCGAUGUUGAGAACCUUGCCGAAACGAUUCGGGUCGUCGUUUGGUUCCUCGCCGUCUGUAGCAUUAUCGUCCAUGGACUGAGUAUCCCGCUUGGAAAGCCGGGAUACCUCGCUCCUCGGACCAUUGGCCGGGUACUGAGCGAGAGCCUGAGCGAUGAGCCGAACGCCGUAGAAGCCCGCCGAAGGAUCCCGGUGCUGGGCAAGUAUCUCAUCGGAGAGUCCGGGCUACCGCUCGGCCCUGGAUUCCUGGCUCAAGACUCUAUACUGGGUCAGCACUGCCAUCGGAACGAUGCCGUCUGCAGGGCGAUCAUACGCAGAUUCGCCAACGAGGGCGUUCCCAUCGACGCUACAACUGCCAACGGAACAACUGCCUUAGGCGUAGCCUUUGGAUGUAUGAAUCUUGCCGCCGUCGAGGAGUUUCUCAACCUCGGCGCUAACCCAAACAUCGUCCCGAGAGACGUACACGACUGUGGCCCUCUCGAGAAGAUACUUAGCUUCCAGAGGCACAAUGGUGAUGAAGACGAACAGCGUCGCCUCGACAUCGUAAAGCGCCUGGUCAAGAACGGCGCCAACAUCAAUCGGUGCACAGGAAAUAACUUCCCCUGCGACGGCCCGCCUCUUUGGCUGGCAUGCCCGAAAUACCUGCGCAUUGCCGAGUAUCUUCUCGAGAAUGGCGCGCGAACAGACAUACCUAUCAUAACUAAAUGGCCAGACAACGAUGGCGCGCGGUACAUCAUCGCAGCGCUUUUUGUCGAAUGCGACUCGGACGGCUUCAUGGGCUGCAUAGCCGAGGAUACCGUACAAGAGCUCGAAGAAGCCCUGGUCUUACUGUUGCAGCAUGGAGCACCCAUAGACGAAGUGUCAAACAGUGACGGUGGCGAGUGGUACGACGACGCAGAUGGGGACUAUUACGACACCCGGGAUAGCAGUCACUACGCUGACGGAGACUCGGCCCUUCUGAAAAACUUGUCUCUAGAGCACUUGCAGGAGGCGAUAGAGACGGAGUUUUCUGACUCGGACGCGGAUUCAGGCGAGGGGACAACCGAUAAGAACGGGGAGAUACAACGUAUGCUCGCCGAUACAACAGAGUAUCCAGAAGCUGUGUCAGACGAUGAUACCUGA